CGUCCUCAAGUCAGCACACACACACACACGUAAACACACUGCAUCUCCGCCGACCAAAUCGAGCGUGAAAGCGACGAGCAGUUGCACAAGCAGUCGCGUCUGUCAUCGCUUCAAGAUCGUCGGCUUUUACUGACAGAUUGAGGCGAGGAGCCCUACCAUCCAAACUUCUCAAGUAAGACUGGUAAUGUAUGGUCCUUUUCGCCGCCCAUACAUACCAAGUCCGUACAGUGCAAAAGGCCCCCCUUCGCCUCACCAAGACAUUAAUGGCGACUUGUAACGCACAGCCACUGAAGAAAGUAUUUCCCACCGCGUCAAUAUCCUCAGACGAAAGUGACUCCGGAGUCGGGUCCGCCUUAGGGGGGUCAAAUGGUCGUCUAAGACGCGAGAUCGCCCGCGGAGGAGCGAGCCGAGUAAAGGAUUCAAGACAAGAGGCUUCUAGUAACACCUCGACUCUUCCCCCUGCCAAACCUGAGAGAGGGCUCUCCCACGGGAUAUCCUAGCAGAACUCAUGGUCCGUGGGUGCACACUUGGGCUUCGCAGAGUUCUAAGCCA